UGCAUUAAGGCACUGCAUUCGUGACGCUGUGAAGGCUGCUGCAGCGCGUGGCUGCGACGUUUUAUUUGCGAGUGUUUGUUUCAGCCGACGUCUGUAGAGACAUCAUGGAGACUAAACCUGUUAUCACCUGCCUUAAAACACUCCUCAUCGUCUAUUCCUUCGUUUUCUGGAUAACGGGGGCCAUCUUGCUGGCGGUGGGAGUAUGGGGCAAGUUGAUGCUGGGCCCUUAUAUCUCGCUCAUAGCCGACAACUCCACCAACGCCCCUUAUGUCCUCAUCGGCACCGGGACCGUCAUCGUUGUGUUUGGCCUGUUUGGAUGCUUUGCCACCUGCAGAGGAAGUCCAUGGAUGCUCAAACUGUACGCCAUGUUUCUGUCGCUGGUCUUCCUCGCUGAAUUGGUGGCGGGGAUUAGCGGAUUUGUGUUCCGCCAUGAGAUAAAGGGAACCUUCCGCAGGACGUACACCGACGCGGUGCUCAACUACAACUCCGAGGACGAGGCGAGCCGCGCUGUUGACAACCUGCAGCACAGGCUGCGCUGUUGCGGCGUGUACAACUACACCAGUUGGUUCGCCAGCGUCUAUUACCCGCCCAAUGGAAUCCCAGCCAGCUGCUGCAUGAACAGCUCCGACUGCAACCCAGUCGACCUCCGGAACUCAACCGUGGCCCCCAACAAAGUUUACCACCAGGGAUGCUACGAGCUGGUCACUUCCUUCAUGGAGACCAACAUGGCCAUCAUCGCAGGAGUGACGUUUGGCAUCGCAUUCUCUCAGUUGAUUGGCAUGUUGCUGGCCUGCUGUCUGUCCAGGAUCAUCACAGCCAAUCAGUACGAGAUGGUGUAGCUGACGUCACACGGCAGUGAGAUGAAGAGAAGAUAACAAAGACAGCGACACACGACAGUACUUUCUUUCCUUCCCACUAAUACUAAUCACGCAUCUCUCUCCGUCUCGCUGCCUGCCUGACAUCCCAUCAUGUUUAUAGCCACCUGACUGUAAAGCAUCAUUCCCCCGCUCACAAAGCUUUGUGCCACACACCACACUGUCACCUCACUGUGACGGACGGCACUCGUUGGCUCGUUUUUUGUACACCACGACAUUAGUGAAGCUGCUUGUAGCGGUAGUGCUUUGGUAGAUUAGUGCUGCACCUGUCGCAUUGUGUGUUUACAAAGACAAAGCAAUGGUUUACUUCAGUUCACCCAAUAUAGGAUUUGGUCAUUCUGCUCAGAGACACCAGGGGGUGCUGUUGGACUGUUUAUUUUGCUUAUAAUUAAAUAUAUUUACUAAUAUACCGUAUGGGAUUUACCGGAAGAGUACAAAGACAAAUCAGCACAGCGGUGAAACACGGAAAAUUCUUAGUUUUGGUAUGAAAUUGGCACUUAGAUUACGACUUUUUACUCAUUAUAUUAAUUCUUAAAAAUGUGCCUCUUUCCAAGACACAACCUUUUUAAAAAAAAAUGAAUGACUUAAUUAUGUAAUAAUUUUAGUAUUAUGACUCUAUAUAAAGUAACAUUACCAUUUUUUCCCCACUGGCAAUAUUACAUUAUACUAGAAAGGCGGAAAAUGCACAACUUUUUUUUAAUUUUAUUUUAAAAAUUACAAAAUAUAUAAGUAAUAGUAAUAUACGACUUUGCUCCAAAUAUGACUUUAUUUGUGAAAAAUUCCAGCUCAUAACAGUAGGAUUUAAUUGUCAAAAGGAGGACGAUAUACAACAUAUUUGGCCAUAUAAUGGCCUUUUUUCAUCAUUACAACUUUAUUAUCCCAAAAAAAUUACAAGUUGGUGUCUUGCAAUAUUACAACUUUAUAAUAAAAAGGUGGAAAACGCAGAGCUUUCCCCACCCUUUCGUAAUAUAUGACUUUGUUUUUUAAGUAAGUAAUUUAUUCUACUGAUGAGUUCUAUCGUAACAUGUAUUGUUUUUAUCAAAAUAUGACGAGAAUUUGCGAAAAUUAUGACUUCUCAUAUGAAAUAAUUCUUUCAAAAUGGCCUUUUUAGUAUAAAGACAGAUUUAUUCUGAAAAAAUUAUGAGUUUCUUUUAAUGUUAUUACGUUAUUCUCAACGUUCCCACUCUUUCUCUUAAUAUUUUUACUUAUUUUCUCUUAGUUGCUGGUUGCUUUUUGAAUGAACUUUUUUUCUUGUCAUGUCACGACUAUAUUUAAUAUUUUUUCUUAUGACAGUGAGGACGUUAUGAAGUAAAAUUACGACUUUUCCCCCUGAAAUUAUGAAUUUAUCCUCCUACUAUUUGGACUUUAUCAUCCCAUAAGAUUAUCCUUCUCGCAAUAUUUUUGUUCAAUUACUUAUUAUUUAAAAAAAAAUAAUAUUUUGCCGAAUUUUAUUCUUUAAAGUUGUUUGACUCAAUGUUACUGUCGCCAGAUAUGGUCAAUAAGUGCACAGUGUUCUGUGUGGUGCAUCAACACGCCGCUUCCAUUAUCAUUAUGUCAUCAUAUCUGUAGAUAUGUACUGUAAAUGUAAUUUAUAAUACUGAUGUAAUGUUUCUCAUUCUAAUAUGCUAAUUGGUGAAUCUGCCGUUUAGCUGUAUUUGUUUGCACUGAUCAAUAGUUGUGGCCGAUGAUGUUAUGAAGUAGACUACUAGUAGAGUUUGGCAUUACAGCUUUACCAAGUGAUUCUUUUCCCCCCCUCAGUAUGUGUUACAUAGAUUUCUUUCCCGCCCCUGCAUUUCACUAUUUUCCUUGUGAUGUACCGGAGUUAAUAUAUUGUGUUUUAUUUUGUUUUUUGGUCAGUAUUUGGUGGUGGCUUUUUUUUUUUUUUUUUUUGGUGGGAAAUACCGCAACUCGCCACUGAAGCUGUGUUUAUUUUAGUGAUUUUAAUGUUGUUGACUUGUAAAUACUAAACUGUAAUGCCAUCCAGCUUGCACAUGGGGUCACCAGACACUCAAAAACUACACCAUAAUGUCUACUAUUAAUUGACAAAGUCACCAUCAGUGGUCUUAUUAUUAUUAUUAUUAUUAUCAAUAAAUUGACAAAAUGGAA